AUGUCAGACGUGAAAAGAAAGAAUACAGACCAUCACAAAUCAGUACCUGCGAAGAGGUUGAAGACUGUCAAGUCCAAAAACCCUGUCAACCCAGAUACCCAACUUUCCGAAUGCUUCAAAACAGUUUCGACUUCGCUUUAUGUUUCUUUGGCGCCUGCAUUCAAUGACGACCCUGUGCUAGGAAUUAAACAGCAACAUCUAGAUCCAUUGGUCAUGAGGUUUCAUCCAAAAUUGAAAGGUGUCAUACUAUCUUAUUCAAAUAUAGAAUUGGAAACUGAAGCACAAGACCAAAACCUCGCUAAAAUAGAAGGGUCUUCACCAUUCACAUUCCUCUGGGUUGAUGUACAAUUCUUAAUUUGGAGUCCUAGUGUAGGUGACAUUUUAGAAGGAGAUAUUUUCAUUCAGACACCAUCACAUUUGGGAUUGUUAAUUUGUGAUGUUUUCAAUGCAUCAAUUAAGAAAUACAAUAUCCCCAUGGGCUGGAGCUUUACAAGUAAUCAGCAAGAUGAAGUAGUAGAAACAGGGGAUAAAAAGAUUUAUGGUUACUGGAGUGAUGAAAAUGGACAAAAAGUUGAUGGUAAAUUAAAAUUCACUGUGAAGAAUGUGUACACCACGGGACGUGUUGUCAGUAUUGAGGGUACAUUGAUUGGCCCUGGUGAAGAGAGAAACGCACAGCCUGUUUAUGAACAAAAGGUUAGCUCAAAAGUGACAGCUAGCGGUAAACACAAGAAAUUCGACAACGAUGAUGAUGAUGAUAACGAAGUCAGUGCUACUGUCACUACAACCGAGCUUGCUGAGCCAGAUGAAAAUGAAGAUUUACCUGCUUACAUCAACGAAAGUGAAGAUGCAGAUGAAAAUGAAGAUGAACAAGUUGUAAACAAGUCCGACUCAGCUGAAGAUGAAGUAGAAUCCGAUUAA